GCUCUUCCCGUGUAAAGGGAGGCGGAGGAGGGAGAGACCCUCGUCCGGCCCUCCUCCGGCUGCAACCCCGGGUCCCAUGCUCCCCAGCUGCCCUCUCCCUGCAGGGCGGGAAAGGGAGCUCCGGAGCAGCAGCAGAAGAAGAACCGGGGCUCCCCAGCCGCCCCGUGUCCGGGGAAGAGUCCGAGUUGGGGGAGAGGAGGGUCCCAGCAGGAGGGGAGAGAAGCCGGGUGAGGAGGAGGCAGGAUUCGCACCAGGCUCCCUGUCUCCGGAGGGAGAGAGAAGCGGGGCGGCCCCUCCAGCUGCCUCCUUCCCGGCCCUACUCGGGGGGACCUCGGCCCUGCGCUGGGAUGAGCUCCUUGGGGCUCCUGGAAGGUUGUGUGAAUCCGCCUGGGUGUCAGAGGGAGACUCCAAAGAGGCUCUUCUCCAAAGGACACCCUGAAGAAGGGAAACGGGGCAUCCUCAGCCAGGUUCCAUCUCCUGACACUUCGUUGGCUGUGAACUGAUUUUCAUGGUUUGUUCACCUUUUUGGGGUUUGGCAGGUUGUGUGAACCUGCCUUGAAGUUAAAUAUAGAUCUAGGUUUUAAAAAAGGAGCUAGAAGAAGUAAGAAAAUUGAUUUAUUGGGCAAUCCAAGUGCUUGAUGGAAAUUAAUACCAUAUUUUUGCUACACAGAGAGACAUGCACACACAGCGAAAGAAAUUCACACACACAAAACCUCACUCCAAGCCUACAACAGAUCAGAAAUAAUAUUUCACUCCAUGCGGAUGAGUGUUGUUCAAUAGUUAAAUCUACACCUUCUAAUUCUUGGAAUUAAUUUUGUUUUCCAUCUCAGAUACACAAAUUGGACUCAUUUGAACUUCUUGGCAUACAAAAUUAUUAUCUCUUGGGGAAAAUGAGCUGAAAAGCUCUUUCUGCUGUCAUUCCUGUGGAUACAGGAUCAGUCCUAUGAAUGAAAAAGCAUUUGGAGAUCCGCAAGAUUCUUUGGAGUCGGACCCAUUUGGAGUUGCCUUUCAGGAAAGAGAAAAAAUGCAGACACAACUUUUAGCAAGUCGGGGAACUGGAAAAGGCCUUUUUGCUGUUCAGCCUGGGAGCUGUGGGGAGAUCUGGACAAGAACUGGGCAGAAGAUCAUGGAGGAGGAAACCACCCUCCCUUCAGAAGUUCAGCCCUGGAAUUUCAUCCAAUACCUGGAGGCUGAGGGUCCCCGAGGUCUUUGCAGCCGACUCCACGGCUUUUGUAGGCAAUGGUUGAAACCAGAAAAGCACACCAAAGCCCAGAUACUGGACCUGGUUGUUCUGGAGCAGCUCCUGGUCCUUUUGCCCCUGCAGAUGGAGAGCUGGGUGAGGGAGUGUGGAGCAGAGACCAGCUCCCAGGCGGUGGCCCUGGCGGAAGGCUUUCUCCUGAGUCAGGAAGGAGACCAGAAGGAGCAGGCAGAGUUGCAGUCCUUCAAUAUGGAGAUCAGAGAUCCUGAGGGAAGGAGGAAUCCAUCAAAUCCCUUUCAGGAGCUGUUUUCCAGGAGGAUCCUUCAGGAAGAUCCAAGUCAGAACACCUCAGAAGUGAAACAUAGAAUGAUGUGUGGUCUUUAUGGUAAUGCUGAAACAGUGGAUGAAACAGCUGAAACUCAAAAAGGUCCUCUGUCCUUCGAGGAGGUGGCUGUGCAUUUCUCCGAGGAGGAGUGGUCUCAGCUGGAUGCUCACCAAAAAACAUUGCAUUGGGAAGUCAUGCUGGAAAAUUAUAGGAACAUGGCCUCUCUGGGUAAUAAUGGAAAGGAAAAUGAGGAUUGUGGGGAACCAUUCCUAAUGAACACCUCUGGAGACAGAACAGAGAAGUCUGCAAUACAGAUGGAACUAGAAACCCAGGAGAGAAGCCAGUCAAAUAAUUGGAACGAGGAAAGUUCAUCUUCCAUUGAUGCUCCAAUGCAAGACUUUCUUGCUGAAUGUGGAAAAAUAAUGAACAAAGAUUUUGGGGAAAGUACAAGACUUUUCAGUGGUAAAUUAGAUGUAAAUGAACAUUAUCCAACCAAAACAAAAGGAGAUGAUUAUAUAUGUAGAGACAAUGGAACAAAUUACAAUUGGACUUUCACUUCUUCUCAUGGAACUGGAUCUCUUACCUCUCCUAAAACGAUCCACACAACAAAGAAGCCAUAUAAAUGCAUGGAGUGUGGAAACAGCUUCAGUCGAAGGAGUUACUUUACUUCCCAUAAAAGAAUCCACACAGGGGAGAAGCCGUAUAAAUGUGUGGAGUGUGGAAAGACUUUUAUUCAGAGCAGUCAUCUUACUUCCCAUAAAAGGAUCCACACAGGGGAGAAGCCAUAUAAAUGCAUGGAGUGUGGAAAGUGCUUUACAAAUAGCAGCCACCUUACUUCCCAUAAAAAGAUCCACAUGGGAGAGAAGCCAUACAAAUGUUCAGAGUGUGGAAAGGCGUUCUGUGAAAAUUCAUCCCUUCUGAGACAUAAAAGGAUCCACACAGGGGAAAAGCCAUAUAAAUGUGUGGAGUGUGGAAAAGUCUUCAGUCAAAAUAGUUCUUUUACUUUCCAUAAAAUGAUCCAUGCAGGGAAAAGACCAUAUAAAUGCAUGGAAUGUGGAAAGACCUUUAUUCAGAGCAGUAAUCUUACUUGUCAUAAAAGGAUUCACACGGGGGAGAAGCCAUAUAAAUGCAGAGUGUGUGGAAGGGCAUUUACUAACAGCAGUGACCUUAUUUCCCAUAAUUGGAUCCAUUCAGAGGAGAAGCCAUAUAAAUGCUUGGAGUGUGGAAAGACCUUUAUUCAAAGCAGUCAUUUUAAUUCCCACAAAAGGAUCCACGCAGGAGAGAAGCCAUAUAAAUGCACGGAGUGUGGAAAGGGCUUCAGCUACCACAGUACUCUUACUUCCCAUAAAAGGACCCACACAGGAGAGAAACCUUAUAAAUGUCUGGAAUGUGGAAAGAGCUUCUGUGAAAGCGGAUCUCUUACCGUUCAUAAAAGGAUCCACACAGGAGAGAAGCCGUAUAAAUGUGUGGAAUGUGGAAAGAGUUUCUGUGAAAGUGGAUCUCUUACUGUUCAUAAAAGAAUCCACACAGGGGAGAAGCCAUAUGAAUGUGUAGAUUGUGGAAAGGGGUUCUGUCAAAAAGCUUCGCUUAUGAGACAUUCAAGGAUUCACACAGGAGAGAGGCCGUAUAUAUGCAUGGAGUGUGGAAAGGGCUUUACUAAUAGCAGUCAUCUUAAUUCCCAUAAAAGAACUCAUACAGGGGAGAAGCCAUAUAAAUGCCCGGAGUGUGGAAAGGGCUUUACUAAUAGCAGUCAUCUUAAUUCCCAUAAAAGAACUCACACAGGGGAGAAGCCAUAUAAAUGCCUGGAGUGUGGAAAAGGCUUUACUCAGAGGGGUAAUCUUAAUUCCCAUAAAAGGAUUCACACAGGAGAGAAGCCAUACAAGUAUACGGAGCUUGGAAAGAGCUUCAGGAUCAGCAAUGACCUAAUUUCUCAUACACAGAUCCAUUUGGGGAUACUCAGUGGAAUGAGAAUGAAAGCGACCCCAGUGUGCGGACAUUGCAAAUGAUCAAGCAAGAAGGGGCACCUUUGGAAAUCAGUGAGGACCAAAACAACAUGAAAUCAAGAAACAUUACAGAAAACUGUUUCAAUUCCUCCUGACCAAACAG